AUGGUCUCUCGCAUCUGGGCAGCCUGCAACGAGAUCGGACUACUUCCAGGUCGUUUCGCGGCGCUGUGGCCAUUCAUUGGAAUCCUGGCCGAGCUCAUCGUCCUCCUCAUCACCAUCAUCAUCUACGAGCGUCACAAGGCCGCUAAGAAGAAGAGGGCGGCGGAGUGUGACCCCCUCCUCACCACCACCGUCUCCCCCAUGAAGACGUUCGAGCGUAACACGCGUACCAGCCACCACUGCCUCCUCCUCCUCCUCCGCCUACUCCUCUUCCUCGCGGCAACGUUUUCCUGA